GUACACGUGUGGACUGUGGGGGCUCUGUAUAAAAAGCCAGCAUUGGGGACACUGCUGUUACACGGCAGAAUGUUGCUUCUGCUUGCGGUCUCAACAGCCCUGGUGGCGGCAGCCGCCCAGACUCCCAGUCAAGCCUAUGAAAGCAAUAAAGAGUACCUGUAUGAGUAUGAAACACAAGCACUUACCGGAAUACCUAUGGGGAGCACGAUUUAUUCCGGAAUGAAAAUGAAGUCCGACGUCAGGAUCCAGUUCCGGUCCCGCUCGUCCGCUACCUUGAAGAUGGACAAGUUGACCUUUGCAAAGAUCAACGACCCUAUAGAGUCGGUGGACCCGACCCAGCAGCAGGUGCCCGCGGAGAUGUUCCAGCCCCUGACGGGGAGGGACGCUGAGCAGAUGCUGACGGACCUGUCCAGACCUAUCAACUUCAGGUACGUCCGCGGCAACGUUCGGGAUAUCCACCACGAAGCAGACGAUCCGGAAUGGUCCGUCAACGUUAAGAAAGGUCUGCUCAGUAUGCUGGAGAUGAACCUUGAGAAGAGGAAGGAACUCAGAAAAAGCGGCGCCAUUCCGCAAGUUCUCCGUCCGCAGUCUUCCGACGAAGGUUCUAUGUUCACAGUCAUGGAGCCCAGCAUCGUCGGGGAGUGUGAAACACUGUACAGAAUCAGUCCUUGGACAUCCACCAGUGGUAAUCCAUGGAUGCAUAUCACAAAAGUCCGGAAUUACCAACACUGUCUGGACAGGCCAAAGUACUUCGCCUCUAUGUUCCAUUUACGACAGUGCGCCGAAUGUGUCAGGGAGCGGUCGGAACCGCUGAGAUCCGCCUCACAGAUCAGAUACACCCUCCGUGGAAACAUGCGACAGUUCCAGAUCCAAAGCGCCAUUGCAGAGAGCCAACACGUGUUCACACCGUACUCCGCCAAAGGAGGACAUGUUGCUACCUAUCUCAAUCAGACCCUGAAUUUAGUCAAAGAGGAGGAUGUGAAGACCAGUCUCUCAGAGCCGCAAAGCCUAACAAAAGUCAAGUCUGGAUUGCAGUACAGCUCCCGCGAGCUUGAGCUGAGAGACUCCUCCAGCAUCUUGCAGCAGUCCAGUAACAGCCUGUCCACGGACAAGUCGUCUCCAGAAUCGCCACAACAUUCAUCAUCAUCCAAUCAUCAUCCAUCACCCCAGCCUCCCAGUCCGCAGCCAAAAACAACGAGCAAUCAGGCGGCGGAUAGGAUUAGAAAGUUGUUGAAAAUGUUGGAGGUGUUUAUGAAACCAACCAUACAACCCGAAGCAGGUCCUCUCUUGAUGUCACUAUUAGAGGAGAUCCGAACGGCUGAUUCUGAGAGCCUAAGAGCAGUAUAUCGAGAAAUGUUCCAAACGGCGAAAACAGACAGCAAACAGUUCAAGAUGCUGAUGGACAUCCUUCCAUCUGCCGGAACUACUCCUGCUACAGAAGUCCUGGUGGACUCCAUCCUCAACGACCAGCUCCCACAGUCCGAGGCUGUCGUGGCUCUGGGCAUUCUGUCUCUCUCUGCCAGACCAGAUGUUCUGAUUGCCAAGAAACUUCUGGAUCUGACAAGAAGCAGCCAAGUUAUAAAGGACAGAUAUCUAAAAAGAGCUGCUUUCUUAUGCUUGGGAUCAGUAGCUGGAAUGCUGAGAGAAGAAGGAUGGAGAAGAUCUCGUGAAAUUUCACGCCAAGAGGAAAUUGUCAAAACACUGAUUUCCCAGGAAUCGCGGUCACAGACUAGGAAUGAAUUAAAAUCAAAGAAAAGAGAGUUAGAAGACUUGAAGAAGCGAGAACAUAGUAUCAACACAAAAAUAAAGCAGGAAAUUGUGAAGGAAUUACAAAUGUUGAUGAGGUCUACUGUUUUUGACGACAAAAUACUGAGCUUCAAGACAAUUGGUAACGCUGGACUUUGGGAAAUGAUCCCAACCAUUAGGACAUAUAUACAGGAUAAAUCUCAGCCGCAGAUGCUCAGAACCCAAGCUAUUUACAGCUUGCGAAAACUUGCCCGUCAUUACCCAGACGAUAUUCAGACAACAUUGCUGCCUCUUUAUUUCGACCAAUCAGAGAAGGAGGAGGUGCGGAUUGGUUCUUACCUCGUGAUGACGUUCACCGAGCCCUCCCGCCAGCUUCUGGAGAUGGUGGCUCAGUCCCUCCACAGGGAGAGGAAUCCCCACGUCGGAACAUUCGUCUACACACAUCUAGAACAAAUGUCCAACAGUACUUACCCGUGCCUCAUGUCCUGGGCAAAGAACGCUAGCUUUGCUAUGAGAUUUGCCAAGAAGUUUAGCCCCAUGUAUCAUUACUCGAGGUUCAUGCAUCUUUCUGGAUUUAAUGAAAUGCACAAGAUGGGAGCAGCAGCCGAACUUGGUCUUGUUACCACCCCGGAAGAAUUCAUCCCACGUGCUGGUGCCGUUAAUCUCCACACUUAUGUUUUUGGACGUUCUGUAAACUUUGCAGAGAUAGGAUUCAAUACAGAGGGGCUACAAACACUGGUGUCUAAACUGGUGGGUCCUCUCGGUGAACUAACAAAGGGCAAGUCACUCGUAGACGUUCUGAAACAGCGAGUAAGACGAAGCGCUGAAUCCUCGCAACCUUCCGAUCCUAUAAGUCAGAUCCACAAACAGUUGAAGGUGUCUCCAAGGACAAGUCCUACACCAAAAGGUCACAUGUACAUGAAAAUGAUGGGCAAUGAACUCCAGUAUAUAACUCUUGAUGGUACUUUGGUGGACACCCUACUUAGAGAAGGAAAGCUGUUGUCAGGUGUUUCAGAACAAGAUUUGAAGACUGGACUAAACGUUGAGGUACAUAGGUCAACGAUGCCACUUGAUGCUGAAAUAAUGAUUCCUUCCGAGUGUGGCCUUCCCCUGCGUCUAAAACUCCAUGGAACCGCUGCUAUCAAAGUAACGGGCAAAGUGGGAGUAACAGGAAUGCCAUCAAUCUUUGAAAUCAAUCGUCCUGGAAAACAAGCAAAGGAACUCAGCUUUAAUUUUGAGCUCAGACCAAGUGUUUUGUUUCAACUACGAGGAGAAAUGGAAAUGGAUGCGGAGUACUUCAAAAUGGGAGUUGCUUUGAAAACAAUGGCGCAUAUGGAAACUCCACUUUCUCUUACCGCAUCAGCCAAUUUACCUAAGGCUAAAUUUUACACGAAAUUCAAUGUUGAAAAACUCAGUGAGAAAAUUGCCAGGCUGGAAGUUUCCCCAUACACAUAUUUCAAAGAAGAUCCAUCAGAAAUAACCAAAUAUCCUUUGCCAAGAGAAACGCAAGAAAUCAGUGUAGCGAAAAAUGCAAAGGUUUUCCCGAUGUCAAUGGCUUAUGGAAAACAAACUUUAGGACUUGAAAUCAAACUAAGCGGGCAAGCUGUCGUUCGUGACUUUGAAAUGGACGUUCCAUACUAUCCUAUGAUCGGGAAGCAAGAAAUGAUCGUCACUCUUUCUCCUGGAACUGAUCCUCAGAAAUAUGUUGAGAUUCAGUUUCAGUUAAUGAAACGUAUGUCGCAAUCCAAACAACAACCAACCUCCGAGGAGAGUUCUAGUUCGACCGGUUUAUUAUCAUGGGUCUCUAGUUUGAUUGGAAGCGAUCAAUCCGACCAGAGCUCACCCUCCUCUUCAUCAUCUUCCUCUACUUCUCCCCCAAAAGACAUCCGAUCAAAGGAUACAUCUUUAAAGGAUCUUCUAGAACAUCUAAAAGAGUCGCAGUCUGUUCAUCCCGAUGGAUCUGUAGUCACGCGAAACAACAGCAUGGGAUUAAUUUUCAAUGUCAUCGGGAUUGACCAAUCUAGGUCCAUUAAACGACACUUUCACAUCAGCAUGGCCGCUGGUAUGAACCCUAGCUCAAAGACCACAUCCAUUCUUCUCCGGAUGAAUAGAUCCCCUAUUCCGACGAUGGAAACUAAACCAUGGAAUAUGGACGUUGCUGUCAACGUUAACUUACCAAGCAGACUCGCUGACCCGUCAGAAUUGUUGUCAGACGCUUAUCAAAGAGAGCUUGAGCAGCAAAUAGAAGUUUACGUGAGAAGACAUGGAGAAUCCGACUACCACAGGUGGAUUAUGCUUGAAGAACCACGCUGGGAAUCCUCUGUUCUUCAGAGACUUCUAAGCUUAUCUGACACUCAGGAGGUCAUCGAUGAGGUCAUGAACUCUGAACUUUCCAAAUCCGAAGAGUCGGGAACCCCAGAGGACAGGAACAUUAUUGAUCUCAUUAGAAAACAAAAACAAAUUCUUAAAGAAGCACGAAAGAUUUGGCAAAGAUCUUAUGAUUCCUUACGAGUGCAGGAUAUAAAAGCAAAGUUAUCUUCCCUGAUCAAAAGGUCAGAGAGUGUCAGGAAAGAUCUAGAGAAGGAUUCAGCAUCAGUUUCAAAAAGUGAAAAAUCAGACGCACUUCGCAAAUAUUGUGCACUACUUCAACAACUGAUUGACCAAAGAUUGGACGAAGCUGUUCGUUCUUCAAGAAGGUCACUUUCAUCAAAGGAAAGACUAGAUAUUGCAAAAUCAUUAGAGUCUAGCAAGGAAUCUUUGAGAAAGAUUUUACAACAGCAGCAUCGUUCUCCUUCCAAAGUAGAUUCGUCUAAUUCACCACCUAGCUCUGUUCAAAUCGAUUCUUCAUCGGUCAGUGAAAGUGAUUCUGAAGAAAUUAAAGAAUCUAAGAAACCAGAACAAAAAGAUAAAUCACAGCAACAACAACAGCCUUCUCAACAGUCCCAGGACACCGUGUCUAGCAAUCAGCCUUCCAAAGUGUCUAGUAGUUCGUCUUUGUCAAAGUCUGUGUCAGAACUUUUGCAAAAACAGAAAGAUGUGGUUCAGGAUAUUUCCAGGUCAAAGGAAUCAGAGGGAUUGAAAUCUGUUGAUGAGAAAAAAAUCAAGGAGGCACUUCUUUUAGCAAAAGAAGUUACUGAAAAGAUUCGUCAAGAAAAUUCUGGCCCAUCUCCUCAAAAUAUCGAGAGGGAAAGACAAAGACUCAUGAAAUCCGUCAUUCAACAACAGCAAAUAAUGAAAUGUUUGGAGCAGCGGGUAAAGAAACCACAAACCGCCUCCGGCAAAUCUGAAGACCAAAUAAAAGAAAUUCAGAGAAUUAUGCAAGAAAUUAAACAGGAAAAUAACAGAUUGUCGAAAAUAGCAGCUACGUCUUCUCAACAAAAGAGAGAAAAGGAAGAAGCAACGAUAAGAUAUUCUCAGAGUGAACAGGAUACACUGGGUCGUCUGAGACAAGUUCAGAUGUCACAAAUAAUUGCUACACAGCGAUUAGCAGUAGAGGAACAAGGAUCAAAGACAGACCAGUCCAAACAGAUUCAACAAAUAAGAGAAGUCAUGAAUACUCUUGGUCAAACGGAGAUCCAAAUAAUGUCGAUUGUUUCUCAAAAGAGUGUAGCAGAACACCCUGUCGAUGUUGUUAGAAAACUUGUGGAAGUUUCACAUAUGCAGCAUAGUUUACUGGGUUUAGUUGCAGAAUGUGCUAGAGAUGAAUUGGUCAGGUCUGUUUCUAGAUCCGAGGCAAAGGACUCCGAAAUAGAAACUUUGAAAAAGAGGGCAGAAUCAAAACAGGUUGAUUGUCUGCAAAUGUUGAGAUCAAUAAUGACAUCCAGGUCAUUGAAACGAACUGUUUCUAGUCUUAGUGGAUCUGAACGACAGUCGCUGAAAAGGCUUCACGGCGAGGUAGAGGAUAUUCGAUCAAAGCAGAUUGAAAUAGAAAAGAGUGUAAGAAAAAUUGACCAAGACAAAGAAAAAUCUGCCAUGAAACCAGAUUCAGCGACGAUUAAAGAUCUUGUUUCAAAAUCCAAAGCUGUCCAAGAUAAAGUACAGAAAAUUGAAAGUGAUAUAAGAUCACUAAAACUGCAUCAAAAGGUAGCAGACACUACUAUAGAACCCCAACAAAGAAUAGAAGUCCAAAAGAAUAUUGUCGAGAAGAUCAAAAAGAUGAUCCCUGAUUCAUCAAUGAGUUCACAAGAAAAGGAGUCUGCCAAGGUCUCAGUGACAAGUCAGUUAAGUAAACUAGAGGAAGUGAAAAGAAAGCUCCAAGAACUUAAAAGAGAAGAGUCUCAGGAAAAAGCAGCAAGCCCUAACCAAAGUUCUCGGCAAAUUCAAUCCCCUGUUACAAGUCCACCUAGCAGUAGGAUACAAAAUCUAGAGCCAUCCGCUCGAGGUGAGCUUCGGGCUGAGACUGGCAGGGAAGUCUGUAUAUCUAUGAAAGCAGAAUAUGGAUUGGAAGGCGAAAAGAAGAAAUUAUUCGAUGUUCAGAUACUCGGAACACCAUCUUUGGAGCAAAUAUUGUGGGAAAGAUCACAGAGAUCGCCUUUAGAGAGAAGCAGCAUCACCAAAAGGUAUCUCGAGAGGAAACACAAUGGUUCCGAAGAAGUAACCUCAGAUUAUCUAAGACUCCGUCUGGAAAUGAAUAUGAUACGGCAUUUACAUGUCCGUGCUCAUUGGGAAAAGAACGAAUUACCUCGUUUGCUUGAGGAGUAUGUCUGGCGAACCCAUGAAGCCUUCAAAGCUAUGAUGUAUGGACAGAUGUACACAGAGUAUCCACACUCAUUCCGUCCCAAAGACAGACUAGAAAUUCUACUUGACCUCAGGAGAAACAACAGACAAUAUGACACCGAAUUAAAACUUCCGGAAGAAUCCAAUUUCAUCAGAGGAAUGUGGAUGCCGUACUUUGGGCCAUUCAUGUUCGAGUCCGUUCAGAGUAUAAGGGAUGGAGUCCACCGUUCUCUCCCGGAAUCAACGUCGAGCAUAACCAGUCGUCUGCCAGGACAAUGCGAGAUGAAACACUCCCAAAUUCGAACGAUGGACGGAAAGGAAUACAGCAUUCCAGACACGAAGGAGUGUGAAGUCGUAAUGGCUAUGGACUGCUCCUCCUCAAAGCACUUCGCCAUUAAAACUAAGAUGGAUUCCUCCGACUCCACCAAACGAGUAGUGGAAGUACAGAUUGAAGGCAAGAAGUUGGAGAUAGUUCCCAUGAAUUCUUCACUAGUUGUAAGAGUUGAUGGUCAUAUACGACAAGUUCCAGAGGAGUCUUCUAUCACUAUCAGCCAGUCCACUGGCAGUAUCCCAUCAACUAUUAAAGUCAGUCGGAGUCAAAGAAUUGUUUCCGUCUUAGCCUCACAGAAGGGUGUUCGUGUGUCUUCUGAUGGACGUAAAGUAUCUCUCAAGAUAUCCCCAUUCUACUACUCUCAAAUUUGUGGUUUGUGUGGAAACUUCGACGGCAAACAAGGAAACGAGUUCCAGAGUCCUAGUAGGACCGAUCGCUCCGACUCCAGCUGUCUCGUCCUUGAUUACCUCGUUCCAGAUAGCAAAUGUGACUCACAAAGUAUCAGAAAGGAGUGCCAACAACCACAUACUUCCUCGUCUGGAUGCCAGCUGGAAAGCAAAACCAUUAGAAGAACCCGUCUACACAAAGGAGAAUCCCAGCUCUGUCUCUCCCAGGAACCCGUGAAGAGCUGUCCGAGUCAGUGUAAACCAGUGGACCCAAAGUCUACCCCCGUCCGUAUGGCUUGUUUCCCUCAUGACAGCGCUAAAGCAAAGGAGCUAGAGAGAGAUAGCUUCAAGCGCCCUCUUGAUCUUAAGGCCCAGCAAGCAGACUAUACCGAGUAUGUCCAGGUUCCAAGGAGCUGUGGAGAAAUGUAAUCACUUUCCGUCACAGAACGAUCACGUGCACGCUGUACAACCUCUGGUGGUGGUACGAGGACUUAUGACAUGUAAAUAAAGACAGUCCUUACUGGCGGCUUAUUCUUCCAAGAAGCGUUUGCGUUGGAAACAUAGUCUUGUAAUAAUUAAAUUAGACAUUCGCAUUAUUUUAACAAGUUUUAUCAGGUUAUGUAAUUGUAUUUUUUUUUAAUAACGAAUAAAAUGUGCAUGCAGCAGUGAAAAUUCUAGAA